AUGAACACGGAAGACCGCGCCAAGGACCGCGACGAUCUCACGCUCUGCGAGUGCAUGCAGGUCGUCAAGCCGUGGCGUGUGACGUCCGACGAUGACGUCUUGAGCAAGUGGGAACAUGUUGCCAAGAUCAUGACCGAGUACGCUGCGUACUCCGUCAAGAUGACUGCGGUGACGUCAAUGGAGCGCUGGGAAAAGCUUCGAGCGCGCAGCAAAGACCCAUCGUUCGGCAAUGACGUCUCUCCAGAGCUCCAGUCCAUCCCCGAGCAACCAACCAAACGCGACAUUGGUCCUCGGUAG